UGCCAUGUGGGACCUCCAAAUCCUCUUGAGGUUGCAAUGUGUCCUCAUCGUCUUCCAUGGGAAAUGGCUGUACUUGAGAGGCUGCUACUUGCAAUAUGGAGGUGGCAGCCGACAGAGAGAAUAUCUCACAUUAUAAGCUCAGACUUUAAGAUGGAAUCCAAAGUGCACAACAGAACCCCAAUGACCUGCCCCAUCUGCUUCAAGAUAGACAACGUCUUGGGGACCCAUCUGCGUCGGAAGUGCCUGAAGCAUGGCAGCGAUGAAGAGAUCAAAGAAACCCUGGCGGGGGCGAAAAGGAGCUUGUCCAAUGUAGCAUCAAAGGGACUUGCUAUAAAUUACAGUGAGGUUGCGGCACUGUUGUGUAACGGAAAAUGCAUACAGAACAUGAUUGGAUUCCUGAAGAACCGUGGCUUUUUUAUUUAUAAUGGUCCUGCUAUGCAAAGUCAACUUGAAAGAUGCGGAAUUAAGGAAGAUCGGAUCCUACAGAAAAAUAUCGAUUGUUUGAGGAAAGAAAUUGGGACACAGACAGAACUAGAGAUGGCUAUUUGUCAGCCUAAGAGUUUUGAAGACCCUGAACGUCAACCAAUACAGGCAAUUAUCAAUGACUUGGACACAGAAGAAGAUAGAGAACUACAAGAGAAUAACCAAGGAGACAAAGAAGAUCUAGGCAAAGGAGAACAAGAAGAGCCAGAAGAACAAGAAGUGCAUGAAGAAGAAGAGCAAGAAGAAAAAGAAAACGGAGCAACAGCAACAGUUCAGCGAAACAUUGCAUGGAAAAACCCACUGAGGAGGAAGAUGACCGAAGCGGGGAUGUAUAAAAGGCAUUCCCUUGAAAAGAAACCAAUUUCAGAUUUUGCUUCAUACCUCUCAAAGACCUUAGGGGUUGUGAGGUACAAACAAGAGGUGGAGAAUGUUGCACGUUUCCUAUAUUAUAUGGAUAAUGAGAAGCCAUCUCUGAAGUUCAUAUAUAAUAUUCAGAAGACAAAUAAAUAUUUUGCCAAGCUACUGGAUAUAGGAAAUACUAAUCAAACCGUCUUCAAUUACAUGAAGAAUUUGAAGAGGUUUAUAUCUUAUCUGAUGGAUGCAACAGACCUAUCGAUAACAGACAAGGAGGCUUAUAACGUUGCUAGUGUCUAUUUGGGUCAGCUUAGGGUCUUCCAGAAAAGACUAAGCAAAGGAAUAUCCAAAGAAAACAUUGCAAAGAAAGAAAAAUGUUUUGUAGAGGAUGUGCAGAAACCAACAGACCUGGGAUCCAUCCUUAGUAUUGCAGAACCUGCUUUCAAGUCUGCUUUAAAUAAGGCAGAAAAUGAGGAUGGACUGACUGAAAAUGAAAAAUUAACUAUUCUGAACUAUUUGGAGUGUCUAAUUGUUUUGAGGAAGCUGCAGCGACCUGGAGUGGUGCAGAAUUUGACAGUAGAUGAAUGGAAAAAAAGAAAUCCUCAUCAUGGAACUCAUGUAGGCAUUCCGGUGCAUGAACAUAAAACGGCUGCCAAUCAAUUAGCUGUGCUGGUAUUGACUAUAGAAGAGGAAAAGUGGUUUGAUAUAUAUUUUAACAAGGUCAGACCUACAUUUCUAAAGGGGAAGGAUGAAAUAAAGAACUUUUUUAUCUCCUCUACUGGUCAAAAGAUUCACUGUGUGUCACAAGAUAUCUCAAGAUUUCAUUGCAAAUUUGGAUUACAAACAGUGACCAGUCAAAUGGCCAGAAGGAAUGCAGAAACCUUUGUGUCCUCAAAAUGCAAAGAGAGCAAUGAGAGAAAUAUAUUUUCCAAAUAUCUUUCACAUUCUAAUUACACGGCUGAACGUGUCUAUCGGGAGAAGAUUAUGGAGGACAUGGUGAAAGCAUCAGAGAUGACAACGCUGUACGAGAGCAAAGAUAUUCCUACCACCUCCAAAUCUGAAGUAGUGGAAAAACCUGCAACCUUGCUGGUGGAAAAACCUGCUACCUUGCCAGUUAUAACAUCAAAAGAGGACGAGUUUGAAAAAUUCAUUGAAAAGUAUCCUGUGGAUGUGGAGAAGGACCCACCCCCUCUAAAAAUAUGCCUUGCUGAGUCUGCUGUCCAUGGGCAACAAUUAUAUGAUAGGUGGAGGAAAUUGCAGAACAGGAUGCGAGUGCAGCAUAUAACCGGAUUGCUUCAAGAUCAACGGCCAAGUGAAGAGGAGGUGAGAAAAUGCAUUGGACUGCAGCGAUGGAAGAAGAACUUACCAAGGAUCAAAGACGUUUUAGAGAAAUUGAAGAAAACGUGAUUUCAGUGGAAACUGUGUCAUUUGUUUUUAUUUAAUGUGGUUUAGCAUGAUGAGGUUUGCUGAAUAAAUAUAAUUUCAUUAUUUUUGGGGAUUGUGAUAAUGGGGUUUUUGUUUAAUAAAUGCACUUUAAUU